CGCAGAACCAGCGGAUCUGGUCUCGGUUAUGUUUUUCAGUGUCGGGUGGAGUCUACAUCCCGUCGCAUCCCUGCGGUCCCGGAGGAGGAUUUUUUACUAGUUUUUUUUGUACCGGCCAGGAAGCAGCGAGCCGCUCCGACGACAUGACGACGACCACCACCUACCAAGGAAUGGACCCCGGAGCCAAGAGCAGCUCCAGGGUACUACGACCGCCAGGUGGGGAAACCAGCUUCUCCUUUGGCACAGAUGACAACACAACCCCCCAGCGCAAGAACAAGAUGGCCUCCAGCAUCUUUGCAGAACCUGACGACCCUCACGCUCAUCGGAGGAACAACCCACCCACAGCCGGGGCGCCCACGGGGACCCUGUGCGGGGAGCCCUCGGCCCCACUGAGGAGGUGCCAGCAGCCACUUCUUUUCCCCAAGAACCCUCAGCCGGAGCUGACCACCAUCCACAACUCUGGGGCCGCCAUGGUCUGGAAGGAGAGACGAGAGGGUGAAAAUGGCCAAGAACCAAAUGACGAGUACCGUGAGGACGGCGAGGUGGAGCAGGAGGACCAGGAGAGGGAGACGCCACAGCCCUCCGCCCCGUCGGGAGGCGCCAGCGCUGCCGCCGGCGGCCGAAGAAACCCUCCAGGUGGCAAGUCCAGCCUCAUCCUGGGUUGAGACCACUCCUGUUCUUUUUCAUUCGAAUGCUUUUUUUAUUUUUUGAAGAUAAAUACCCCCCACCUCCACUCUGUCCCUCCUCAUCGACAUCACACCUCCCUCCCUCCUCCCUCACCUCCUUCACGUGUCCUCUCCCUCCACCCUCAAACCUUUUGUUUUAAUCCUUUUUUCUAUUAAAAAGAAAAGAAAACUGUUGACAAAAGCACUUUAUGUAUCUCGCCCACCCUGCUCCAUUUCAGCCCAUCCUGUAGAGCACUGCGCCUGCUGGGAAAGGCAUGACGUUUAGCUUGUCCUUCAUCCUCCCCUGUUGUAAAUGGUAAAGGAAAAAAUACUAAAAAAGAUUUGAUGCGUGGAUUUCUAAAUACAAUAAAGAUUCAUAUGAAUUUGC